AGCCAGCAGAGUGUAGAGUAGCUAAACAAAUCUGAUGGGAACACAUGCAGACAUGAGUCCUGUCUCAAAGGUUGUGAAUAAGGACAAAUUUAAAACAGAGAUCCAUAAACUUGAGCAUGAUCAAGAUGAUGAUGACCAUAGGCGUGCAGAUCAGUUUCUCUCCUGGAAGUUUAGCAGUGCUGAAACUGGACCUGGAGAGAUUUUUGUGCCAGCCGAAGUUGAGCCCCAGGUUGGGACGGGAGUCAAAGCUGGGUUUGGUGCAGGGGUUGGUGUUGGAGAUGGAGUUACAUUUGGGACCAGCAGCAACAGUACAGCUGCAGACAUGACAGGUCAUAUCAGAGAAAAUCGGACCGGGAUUGAAGCUGAAGUUGAAGCCAUAAGUGAAGCCAGGAAAACAGUUGGAGAUAUACCCAGGGCCGGGGCUGGGAAAAAUAGGGCUGGGAUCUCACCCUAUCCUCUUCGCUGGAGUGUCAACCCCAGAUCCAAAGACCGGAGGUACCGCAGCAGCCACAGGCUGGUGCUUCACUACAUCAUCCCAAGCAUGAACUCAUAUGGCAUGUGCAUCAUCGACAACUUUCUCGGGAGCAAAAUUGGAGACCGGAUUCUGCAUGAGGUCCAAGAGCUACACCAUGCCGGGAAGAUGCAGGACGGCAGGCUGGCCAGCAGGGGCCUGGACAACACCAAGAGUAUUCGUGGAGACCAGAUUGUUUGGGUGGAAGGGAACGAGCCGGGCUGCGAGAACAUCGGCUACCUGCUGUCGAAGAUGGACAAACUGAUCACAUAUUCGGAUGGGAAGUUGGGGAAGCACAAGAUCAGAGGAAGGCACAAGGCUAUGGUGGCGUGUUACCCAGGAAACGGGGCGGGCUAUGUCAAACACGUAGACAACCCCAACUGUGACGGACGCUGCAUCACCUGCAUCUACUACCUCAACAAGAACUGGAAUGCCAAGGAGCAUGGCGGCAUCCUCAGGAUCUUUCCAGAAGGGAAGUCUUACGUGGCUGACAUCAAGCCACUUUUUGACAGGCUGCUCUUCUUCUGGUCAGACCGCAGGAACCCACAUGAGGUGCAGCCCUCCUACACCACCAGGUACGCCAUCACAGUUUGGUAUUUCGACUCUGAGGAGCGAGCCGAGGCUAAGAGACGCUUCAGAGACCUCACAGCAUCAAAGGCGCAGCAGGGCGGCAGCUCCAGCAGCACCAGCUGAUCAUGAGGAGGUGUCACCACCUAGUGUUUAACGUCCAUAUUGCAGGAGAGGACGGCAGGGUUCCUUCUGGUUGUCAGAGCUUCUGGAAAAGCUGAAAGAAAAGUUAAAAAAAACAAAAAAAAAAAAAAAGAAUUUCACUCUGUCCUGAUCUGAGGACCCGAGGGGGGGGGGGGAUCUUCCCUUUCUGACCUGCCUGCACUGCUGCUGCUGCUGCUGCUGCUGCUAUAACCCGAUACACUAUGGGUGUGGGUGACCUGCAGCUGUUCCGGACAUUCCUGCUUUUCAUGACGUUUGUGUAAUACACAGCUGAUUUCUUCUGAGGUGGAGAAAAAAAACCUGUAGACUGUA